AUGGUUUUACUUAGUAACGAAGCUUUUUUAACGGAAUUAACAAAAUUUUUUCAAAAAUCUAGACUUAAAGGUUCGGUAUCACUCACUAUGAAGCGAUAUGAUGGAAGAACUACACCUAUUCCACGUGAAGGAAAAAAGCCAUUACCUCCUCCCUCAGAAUAUCAUUGUUUAAUGAGAGCAACAUAUAAAACAAAAAAAAUAAGCACAGUUAUACAUCAAAAAGAUGUUUCAAAAUUUCAAGCUGCAUAUUGUAUUCUUUUGAAGGGUAAUUUAGACGGUUUGAAAAAACUUAAAAAAUCUAAAAACAAACCUAAGACGACUUAA